AUGUCCAGAACGUUGUGGAUUGGUGAUGUCCAGGAAAAUUGGACAGAGGAUUAUUUAUGCGCCCUGAUGCGAAAUGCGAAGGGACUUUCCUCCAUUAAGCUAAUGCGAGAUCGAACAACGAACGAGUCACUCGGAUUUGGCUUUAUCGAUUUUGCCACCGAAGAAGAUGCGAUUCAUGCACUGAACGGAUACAAUGGCCGCCCCAUUCCGGGCACAGGAUACACAUUCCGCCUGAAUUUUGGUGGAAACAGCCGAAAUUUAAAUCUGGGUGAUAAUUAUUGCCUUUACAUUGGCGACUUGGAGUCAAGCGUCACCGAUACCCAGCUUUACACGAUCUUCCGUGAUAAAUAUCUCUCUUUCUGCGGUGCCAAGAUCAUGCGUGAGACCGGCACUUCCGUCAGCAAAGGCUACGGCUUCAUCCAAUUCCGCGCGCGCGACGAAGCUGAAACCGCUCUCAAAGAAAUGAACGGCUACGUGAUCAACGGCCGUCCAAUCAAACUGAGCUACGCCGCAGCGCGUCGCUGGUUCCACGACGACGAGACGUCGGGGAUGUCGACGUCGUCGUCGGGGACAGACGCGAAGUACGACGUGAUCAUCGAGCUGCCGGAGAUUCCGAACAUCAAGCCGCCGCCACCGACGGACGCGAUGCUGGUGAAGAUGCUGACGAACAACACGAACGGCGCCGCGGCGUUGGUGGAUGCGUACGGGAACGCGUAUGAGAACCCGAUGUUUUCGAAUGAUCCGGUGUAUCAGGCGGCGGUGCAGGCGCAGCAGAGGAAGAGGAUGCGGAGAAUGGGGCAGAAGGCGGAGGAGGAGGGACAGGUGGUGGAAGUGCCGAGCGACCGGGAGAAGCCGCUGGAUAUUGCGAUGGAGAAUCGGAAGUACUUGAAGAGGGUGUUGGAGGUGUUCGAUAUGCCGUCGCUGAGUGUUCCUAGAUUGUGGAGUGUUUGUUGGAAACAGUGA